AUGUCUGCCGAUCCGCUAUUCCUCGGGCUUGAUCUCUCGACUCAACAGUUGAAGGCCAUCGUGAUCUCGGAGGACUCUGCCGUAGUCCACGAGGUCUCCGUCGGGUUUGACAGGGAUCUACCGCGCUACGGUACUAUGAAUGGUGCUCUGAAAGGACCGGAUGAGGGCGAAGUGACCUCGCCUGUCGGCAUGUGGUUAGAAGCCCUCGACCUGCUCAUGCAGAGAAUGAAGGAUGCUGGUGUUGAUUUCAACAGCAUUAUGGGGAUCUCUGGGGCAGGCCAGCACGGUUCCGUAUAUUGGUCUGCGGAAGCUAACUCCGCACUCUCGUCUCUGGAUCCUAGCAAACCUCUGCAUGUCCAAUUAGCACCGAAAGCAUUCUCCCUUCCGAAUGCGCCCAUCUGGCAGGAUUCCUCCACGAUGCGGGAGUGCCGUGAGCUGGAAAAUGCCGUCGGCGGAGCACAGGUCCUGGCGGACCUCACAGGCAGUCGAGCAUAUGAGCGCUUCACCGGGGCGCAAAUCAGACGCAUUCGUCGCCUGAGAGCAGAGGCAUACGCCGCUACUUCUCGCGUAUCUCUGGUUUCAUCGUUCUUGCCUUCUCUAUUCUUGGGCACGAUUGCUCCGAUAGAAGUAUCGGAUGCCAGUGGAAUGAAUCUUAUGAAUGUUCUCACCUGCAAAUGGGAUGAUCAUCUACUGGAGAUCUGUGGAGGGCCCGAGCUUCGGGAAAAGAUCGGUCCAGAACCUGUCCCAGGCGGUACCGUCCUCGGCAAAAUACACAAAUGGUGGACCGAACGUUGGGGCUUCAACCCAGAAUGCAUCGUCGCCCCUUUUACAGGCGAUAACCCUGCUACAAUGGUCGCUCUUUCUACACCCGGAGACGCUGUGCUCUCAUUGGGGACCUCCACCACAUUCCUUCUAGCGAUUCCUCCAGCAGACGCUCCCCCGGCGCGCUUCACAACCUCUCACCUCUUGUCGCAUCCGACGACGCUCGACGCACAAAUCGCUAUGCUUUGCUACAAGAAUGGCGCUCUCGCACGAGAGCAGGUUCGUGAUCGCUACGCCAACGCCGAUUGGGCUCGGUUCAAUGAACUGGUCGAAACGACCCCGCCGGGCAAUGGAGGGAACUGGGGUCUGUACUUCCCGUUACCCGAAAUCAUCCCGCCGGGUGUCAAAGGCAACUUUUUCUUCUCCUCGAGCCCGUCUAUCGCACCAGUCGACGCUCUGCCGCCGACUGCGCACCCCCGCGCGAUCCUCGAAUCUCAGUUCCUCUCCAUCCGGUCGCGCAUCGCGGCCAUCCUCCCGUCUUCCUCUCCGCCCUUGCGGCGGCUCAUUCUCACUGGGGGUUCUUCUGCAAACCCGGCGAUCCGCCAGCUUGCUGCGGACCUAUUCGGGAUGGCCACGUACGUGGCUGAGGGGUCGAAGGAGGCCGCGGGCAUGGGUGGCGCGGUGUUAGCCAAGUUUGCAUGGUGGCGUGCCCACAACGGGGGUGUUGGGACGUUCGAGGAGAUGCGCGCCGGGGACGUAGAGCGCUUGCGUCAGGUUGCGGUGUCGAAGAGGGAAUUCACAGCGGUGUACGAUAGUCUGGUGGAGCGUUAUCGUGCUUGUGAGGCCGUGGUAGUCAAGGCUUGUGCUGCGUAG